AUUUUGUAAACCAGCGAAAUCUCGGAAUUGCAUAACAAGCGUCAUUUGAGCUUCAGAAGACAUGAGAGUUCUUCCUAGUUCUGUUGUUAAAUCUAAGCAUCAUUUGGCAGGACGUUUGAUCAUCGAAAUCCCGUAGAUCAACGCUUGUAAGAAUUGUUGGAAGAAGUAGAUGAACCCAAAAUAAUAAGGGUUCCAGUGUCAUCCCUCUUCUUCUUCACCAUGGCAAAAUCAGCUGCGAGGGCCAUUGCUCCUGGUGCAAGUAAGGCGUCCAAGGAUACCAAGACUAAAGUCACCAAAGCAGGGAAGGUCGUCAAGAAGAAACAAUCAGAGAUACCUGCUGGCAAGAGUUCAACCAAGAAAGUCCAGGCCGAAGCUAAAGUGAAGGUGAAAGGAAGCGGGGCUAAAGGAGACGCCACUUCCCAGGAGGAGGCCAUCCGGGCGGAGCAGGGAUACACAGAGCCCCUCCCCAAGAGGAACGCCAAAGGGGAACUGGUCUUCUCUGAUUACCCCGAGAUGAGACCCAACAUGAGCCCCAAGGAGGUCCUUCAGGCUGGCAGCUUUGGAGGGACUUACUUCAGACCCAUCAAGUCAUCCGUCACAGGUGAGAAAUACUCUGGUGUAUGGAAGGAGCUCCCAAAGAACUGGUUGGAAGGUCUGGAUAUCCCCAGACAGGUUGCGUCCAGCCCUUACCUGGCAGAGGUCAACACAUACAAGGUCAAGUGUGGCGGAAGCCUGGAGAUGUGGGAGAGCUCUGGUUGGAUUGACAAACAGGAUCCUUAUGGCUGGUUCAUGUGGUAUUGCAGGUUCUAUCUGGGAAGGAGAACAGCUGAUGACGAGCGACAGGUCGGUCGGUGGAAGAAAUGCACUGGGCUAAAGGGAAGAUGGCGCAACAACCUCAUUGGAAAAUGUGCGAGAAGCGGUUGUGCCUACGAUAACUUUGCGGUCUCCCCCGUCGUGAGACAGACUCUUCAGCACUGGGGAUACCGUCUGAACAAAGAGGACUACGAAAAAGCAGCCAAGAGAUUUAAAUAGUGGCGGUUUUCCGCCUGCAUUGACAGUGCCAUAAAACCAGCCUCUCUUGUAUUGGACGGAUGUCUUACAUCAAAACAUCCUUAUUUUUCAUGAGGGAACAGUGUCCUCAUCCCCUCCGUUGCCCAAAACUCAGCAUUAAAUUAAUCAGAGGAUGGCAGUAUGCAGGCUCUGGCCUAGUGUGAGGCCUGACACUGUUCACAACACCCAACACCAUUCCAGCAUUCUUUAGGCUCCAUAUAUAACCGGAUGUCUUGGGCUCCGGAAAGUUUAGGCCUCUUUUCAGGUUUGUUGGGUGAAAUUAACUUGCACCGAUGAAUUCUUUUGAUUUUUUCCGUCUUCAAAAGAGAAAUGGUUAAAGGUAAUAGUACUAAGACUACAUGUGCUCGUAACAGAAUUUUUACCCAUGGUUGCCCUACCAGUAUUAAUACAAUUCUCCCUGAGAGCCAUGCAAUUAUUAUGACCUUAUUAUUGGUGUUCCAAGUUACUCCUAAACAUUCCAAAAAAGUUAUUGAAGUAAUACAGAGUAUUUCCGCCUAGGAUGUUUACAGGGUUUUUCCGCCUAGGAUAUUUACAGGGUUUAACGUCCAGUUGGCAUGAUCAUCCUAAAAUGUCAUCUACUUAUGUAUUCAUGUAUAUAUUACCAGGCUGAACAGAUUUUAUCUCUACCAGUAGUUGAUGUCUUUUAGGAUUUACAGUCGACUUUAUCAGGUGUGAUCAUACUCGUAGGAAAUAGAGAAGCCCCUCGAUUCCCAUAGGUUUCCCUAUUUGACUGCAAACUUCCUAAAAUGCACAAAAUAGUGUCCAAAACAAUAAUUGCAAGGAACUGAAAUCCUUGAAAUUCAAUUCCUGUAUUAAAGUUUUGCCAGUGUGACCGCAAAGCUCAGAAAGCUUGACGUCACAAAAAGUUGGCUUAUUCCAUGCAAUACAUUCUAUGCUCUUUUUUGCUAGGUUAUUUAUUGGGAAAUACUGCAUUUUAGAAUUGGAGAACAUUUUGUGUGUGAUUGCUUUUUUUAUACAAUAUUCAAUUGGUGUUUGUCUAGAAGUGUAUUUGUAAAUGUAUUUUUAACUUUUCAUGUAGCUUUAAUCCAGUGUUAAUGUUUAUUAGAAAUUUGCAGAGGAAUCUAGUCUUAUUAAAACGCAAUUGCUUACAAAUUCUUUCCUGCUGUAAGCACACUUGAAUUCUAAACUGCCUUGCAUUUGUAAGCAAUUGAAAUUUAAUAAGACUGGAUCCCUCAAAUUUUAAGUAGGUAGUGUAGAUAGACUGUGUGUUUUCUUACAUGAAAUUGUGUACCUGUAAAUCAAAAUGCUGGUAAAAAACACCAAAAAUUAUAAUCAUGUCGAGUAAGAUUUUGCUGGGAUUCGCAUCUACACUCAACGGCAAUCCAACCUUAGUAAUAACUCCAUUUUUUAUGAAAGCAGAAAAAUGAGAGAAACAGUAUGGAGAAAGUUUGAAAUAAAUUGGACCAAUAUUAAGAGAGUUCUGAAUGUUGAAAGACGAGAUCAUUAAAAUCUAUACAAAUCUCAAAAUGGCAAUUUGGUCAGUGAAUUUGUGACUUACAUGUAGUCGUGGAUAAACUCUCUCAAUUGUUGUGUACAAAGUUUUUAAUAAUUCAUGUUUUUCAAGUGCCCUUCUCCCUUGGGACACUAUUCAAAAUCUAUUGUGGAUCGUAUAUUAGUAUAUAGGUCCUCUAAAAAUAAGACCCUCAUGAUACAUACAUUUAAAAAAAUUACAAUUCUAGUCACUUUGUGUGUUGAAACUAAGGCAAGGGUUGUCUGGCACGACAUCACAGUAACAUUUCUAAUUCAGCCAAUUUGGUGUGCUUGUAGAUAGUGAUUAGAACUGUCAUAUUUAGGUUUUGUCUGUUUUCAUUCAAACUUUCACCAGUCUGCUUUUUUGUUGUUGGUGUUGGUAGUAGUUUAUGUCUUCAGUUACUGUAUAUAUGCUUCUUUGAUUUUUCUGCUUUCUGUUAGGGUAGUUGCCUAUGAGGGUUCUAUUUUCCUUUAACAUCUAAAAUUAGGUUUAACCAUCUAACCGAGACACCAUACAUGUACAUAGUCAACACUGAUUUUGAAAUGCAAUAAAGUCAAGAACUCAUCCAUUUGUUGAA